AUGCGCUCGCUCAACACGUCCGAAGCCAUCAUGGCCCGCGUCCACGGCCUCUGCCUCGACUCGCCGCUCAUCGGCGUCGUCGACCUCGACGUGCUCGAUCCCUCGACCUUCGACAGCACCGCGUACGUCAUGGCGCUGCAGACGUCACUCACGUCGCUCUUGCUGACGACGCCAGCACUGCAAGAAGUGCUCGUGCCAGACAAGACAGCGACGAUCGGUGCCACCGACGACCAGCUGCGCGCGGCCACUGUCGAGCUGCGCGACGAGACGGACGACCUGCUCGCCAACUUGCUCACGAUCAACUUUGACCUCGUGGGCGAGGUGCCGGUGCACGUCGUGGUCACGCACCCGUCGUCGGCGCUUGUGCGGGUGUACCUUGUCGUGGGCCAUGCCUUUACGGACGGGCACUCGCUCUUUACGACGCUCGCACUGCUUCUCGCCGGUGUCUCCGACGACGUCUCCUCGACAGUCCCGGCCCGGACGCCGUGGGUGCCGCGGCCGCAGCCGUACGACUUGCCAUCGGACGUCACGUGGUGGGACGAAGUGACGGGCAUGGCGGCGUACUCGUUGCUCGUUUUGAAGCAAAAGUUGUUGGGGCAUCAGUGGAAGCCCAAGACCGACACGAACGAGACGAUCGCCAACGCGCUCUUGCGUGGACCCGAGUCGUACCCGCAGUUUGCCUACUCGGCAACGGUCUCAGCUUCGGUUGUGGCCCGUCUCCGGACGGCCUGCCGGGACCGCGGCUUGACCCUCUCGUCGCUCUUCAACGCUGUCCUCAUCGCGACCGCGAUGGAGCGCUUUGAGCCGCCGAGCGUCACGGCGCAGACCAUGAUCAACCUGCGCAGGCACCACGUGCCGACCGCAGGCCUCGGCGGCUACUUGGCCGACUCGGACCUGGCGACGCUGCAUGCCGCCAACUACAACGACGACGCGCUCUUGUCCCCGACGACGCUUUGGGCCAUGGCCCACGACGCCAAGUGGAUUCUGUCGCCGCGUACGAUCAAGCGCGCGGUCGGCCGGUCGUUCUUUCUUCGGCACUUCGAGUCGAUUCGGCACGUUCCCGCCGCCGAGAUUGCGACCGGAGACAUCAUGGCCACGAGCUUUAUGACGUCCAACCUCGGCGCCAAUCCGUACUUUGCCGCGUCGUACCCGCAUGGGCUUGGCGUGCGCGCGUAUCGCUUCUACUAUGGCGCGAUGGUGCCCUUCUUUGCCUUUAGCACGUGCAAGGACCUGCACGUGACGCUCACGUGCCGCACCGCGUGGCUCUCGAUGGCCGACGCGGAAGCGUGGCUGGCAUCGUUUGUGACGACCCUCACGUCCCUCGUCGACGAAGCGUAG